CACUUGACUGCGCCUGCUCUUGGCCGUGUUCGCACGUUCUAGAAUUUUUAAGUUCUAAACAAAUUGGGUGACUGUUUUCAUUCUUGUUCCUUGUUUUAUCAUAUUGUAAUGGAGGGGAAAUGGAAGGAGCUCCCUGUUUCACUCAGUUGCUGCGUGAAGACAAGUUUGAAGAAAAUGAAAUUUGACAGAAUGACUCCUGUUCAGGCAGCAACAAUUCCACUUUUUCUGAAGAACAAGGAUGUGGCUGCAGAAGCAGUGACAGGCAGCGGAAAGACACUAGCCUUUGUGAUACCAAUCAUAGAAAUACUACAAAGGAGAGAACAGCCGUGGAAGAAGAAAGAGGUUGGUGCCAUUAUCAUCACACCAACACGAGAAUUGGCGACACAGAUCAAUGAGGUGUUGGAACAUUUCACUAGUCUCCUUCCCAGUCUAAAACAACUUCUUCUGAUAGGGGGCAGCAGUCCUCUUGCCGACCUGGAGAAACUACAAGAAGGAGCCAACAUUCUGAUCGCCACACCAGGUCGUCUUGAAGAUCUGUUUGAGAGAACCACUACAGGGAUCAGUCUACCAGCAAUGGUCAAGUCUCUGGAGGUCCUGGUGUUGGAUGAGGCUGACCGAUUACUGGACAUGGGAUUCACAAAGAGCAUCAACACAAUCUUGGGUUACCUCCCCAAACAGAGACGGACUGGUUUGUUUUCAGCCACUCAGACAGAUGAAGUCGAAGCACUUAUUAGGGCGGGACUUAGGAAUCCAGUCAGGAUUGUUGUCAAAGAAAAAAACACUUCAUCUACUGAUGUGAGACGAACACCUGUAACUCUAACAAACUACUAUGUGGUUAGCCCAAGUGACGAGAAGUUCAGGUUGUUGGUUGCUUUUCUUCGAAAGUACAGAGACCAGAAACACAUGGUUUUCUUCAGUACAUGUGCUUGUGUGGAGUACUUCACUGCAGCUCUUCAAGCUCUCGUACGGAAUACCACCAUCCUCUCGCUACAUGGAAAGAUGAAACAAAAGAGAAAUAGUAUCUUUAGUCAAUUUAGGGAACUUACUAGUGGCAUUCUGGUAUGUACUGAUGUGAUGGCUAGAGGGGUUGAUAUCCCAGAAGUCCAUUGGGUUCUACAGUAUGACCCGCCAACCAGUGCAAGUGCCUUUGUACAUAGAUGUGGAAGAACAGCUCGUAUUGGUAACACAGGCAAUGCCCUGGUGUUCUUAAGACCUUCGGAGGAUUGCUACAUUGAGUUCCUUAAAAUAAAUCAAAAGGUUCACUUAGAGCCUUAUGAGAAGAUAGAUGAACUUGAAGUAGUGGAUGUUCUUCCUAAGUUGAGAAAACUAGCAACUAAAGACAGAGCUUUAUUUGAGAAAGGAACAAGAGCUUUUGUCUCCUUCAUCCAAUCAUACGCAAAGCAUGAGUGCAGUCUUAUCUUCAGAGUCAAAGAGCUUGACAUUGCAGCGCUUGCCAGAGGCUUUGCUCUCCUACGACUUCCUCGAAUGCCAGAGCUGAAAGGGAAGAACUUCCCAGACUUUGAACCAACAGAAGUAGACUACAAUUCAAUACCUUACAAGGAUAAGAAUAGGGAGAAGCAGAGGAAACAAAAACAAAAGCUGAUUGAAGAAGGAGUUAUCUCACCCCACUCAGGGAAAAGGCAAAGAAGGGGUAAAAGUGUAGCAUGGUCAAAGAACAAAGAGCAGAAAGAAAAGAAAAGAGAGAGGAAGCAGAAAAAAGAAGCUGCCAAAAAGAGAAAACAACAGUUUGAUGAAAACGAUCUCAAUGAGUUGGCAGAUGACGUUCGUCUCCUGAAGAAACUCAAGAAAGGAAAGAUAAGCAAAGAGGACUUUGACACCAACUUUGGAGUAGAUGGUGAGGAUUCAUCAGCGCGGCAAAAGGAAAGCAAGGCCGACAAAACAUGACAGUCCCGUGUAUCCCAUUUUAAGUUGGACAAUGAUUAGAAAUAUGCAGAUAAUACUGUGGUAUUCCUAACAGACUGGAUGGAAAGACUUGAAAUGUGGGACUGAAUUGCUCAAUUACCGAGGUUGAAUUCAUCAUUCACUUUAUACAAAACUCAUCUGAGCUGUUCUGAGUUACUUCUAAAUUCUUCAUUCGCAGAGGAUUUGUACAGGACCAACCUAGUCCCAGUUGACAAUUGGUUAAAGGGGUGUUCCUGGCAGGAAACAAUAUUUGCCAUAUCCCCAUCCUCCCUUUCCCAAUAUAGUUACAUGAAAUCAUUAUUAUUUCAUAUUUUCAUGUAUGUGUGUAAAUUAUGUCUUCCUUGUAACAAAAUAAGAUUCAGUAAAGAUGAUCUUAAACAUUAAAUCAUUUGUCAAUCCUGUAUUUACUUUUUUGGAGAGGAAAAAUGAAUAAAUAGGAUUUUAUAUAACAAUAUGCAAAACAAUAAGUGGGGAAACGACAUCGUCAGCUUGGUCAUGGCACAUUCUGAAGACUUGUUCAGAAUUGUCAUGUCUUUGUUAUUCAAAUUCCAAUUUUGAUCUGUUCAA